AACCGAAACGGACAUCGACAGAGAAAAGAAAAACUCAGAGAUCGGGAAAGCAUGGAUUCGCUCAAAGGAAAAGGGAAAGCAGGAUCGAAGGGAGCUUCUAAGUUGGAUCUCCUCAAGGAAUGGACCAACUGGUCUCUGAAGAAGGCCAAAGUCGCGACUCACUACGGAUUCAUCCCUCUGGUCAUCGUCAUCGGCAUGAACUCCGAUCCCAAGCCACAUCUCUUCCAGCUCCUUAGCCCUGUCUGAUCCUCCAGCCUGAUCAAUCUAUCCAUCUUUCUCCGGGCUUGCUUCAUAUCGUCUUGGAUUUUCCGAAUCUUCUUUAUGUUUUUCAUUAGCUAAGUUCUAUGCUUCUUAUACUCUCUGUAUGGAAUCAGUUAGACUAUGAUAAUGUUUGAUCAAAUUCAUGCUUUGAAUCUGUGUUGGCUGGGAUUAUCUUAUUCAAUGUUUCACUUUUGAUUAUUAUUCUUUGAGAAUUGAAACUAUAAGCUAUGUUGUUCCAAUGCCUUGUAUCAUCUUUAUAACCUCUGCUGCAUGAGCCAAUCUUGAGGUUGAUAUAAGGUUCUAUGGCUAUUACC